AUGUCUUCCUAUCCACGAGAGCCCAUCGCCAUUAUUGGUUCAGCUUGUCGAUUUCCUGGCAGCAGUGAUACUCCCUCCAAGUUGUGGGACUUGCUCAAGAACCCUCGGGAUGUUCUAAAGGAGUUUCCUGCGGACCGUCUUAAUUUGCAACGAUUCUACCAUCAACAAGGCACCACCCACGGAUCAACCAAUGUCGCCAACUACAGCUAUCUGCUCGAGGAGGACCCAAAGGUAUUCGAUGCCAACUUCUUCGGCAUCAGCCCUCCCGAAGCGGAAAGCAUGGACCCGCAACAGCGUAUGCUUCUAGAAGUGACAUACGAAGCCAUGGAGGCUGCCGGCUACCCACUGGAAAGCAUUCAAGGCUCCCAGACUUCAGUUCAUGUGGGAGUCAUGAAUGCGGAUUAUGCAGACAUCCAGAACCGCGAUGCGGAAACCAUGUCUAAGUACAACGCCACUGGUACGGUACGAAGCAUUCUCUCGAACCGUGUUUCUUAUGUAUUCGACCUCCACGGGCCCUCGAUUACACUAGACACGGCCUGCUCGAGUUCCUUAGUCGCAAUGCACCAGGCAGUGCAAUGUCUGCAAGCCGGAGAAUGCGACACUGCCAUUGUCGGAGGCGUCAACUUGAUUCUUGACCCUCUGAUGUACAUCACCGAAUCAAAACUCUCCAUGCUAUCACCAGAUUCCCGUUCCCGUAUGUGGGACACAUCAGCCAACGGCUACGCUCGCGGCGAGGGUAUUGCUGCAUUGUUACUCAAACCGCUUAGCCAGGCCCUGAAGUGCGGUGAUCCCAUCCAAGCUAUCGUGCGCGGCACUGGCGUCAAUUCUGAUGGACGCAGCCCGGGAAUUACGAUGCCCACUGCAGCAGCUCAAGCUGCUUUGAUUCGCCGCGUAUACCAGCAAGCUGGCCUUGAUCCGGUACGUGAUCGAUGUCAGUUCUUUGAAUGUCAUGGCACAGGAACCAAGGCCGGCGAUCCGGUGGAGGCACAAGCUAUCAGUCAAGCACUCUUCUCGCCCGGUGGUCUUGAAUCACCAGAGACGCCACUCUACGUGGGAUCCAUCAAGACUGUAAUUGGUCAUACCGAAGGCUGCGCGGGCCUCGCUGGUGUGAUUAAAGCUAUCCUGGCCAUCAAGAACGAAACAAUUCCUCCAAACAUGUUGUUCAAGGAGCUCAACCCAGCUUUGAAGCCUUUCUAUGCUCAGCUACGAAUUCCUGUCUCUGCGGUUCCGUGGCCCUUCUUGGCCCAAGGCACGCCCAAGCGUGUUAGCGUAAACAGUUUCGGAUUUGGAGGCACAAACUCCCAUGCCAUCAUCGAGGAAUAUCUGCCCCAAAUCGAGAACACGAAACAUGAUGCAGAAGAGGAUCGAGCCGUUGGACCUCUAGUGCUCUCUGCACACACGGGGCUGGCUCUUCUAAAGAACGUUGAAUCCCUGUAUGAGUAUCUGCUGGAGCAUCCCUCGACCAGCUUGGCACAACUCGCCUUGACUUUACAGACCAAAAGAACAACCCACAAGAUCCGCGCGGUUUUUGCCAGAGGAGAUCAUACUAAUAUGCUAGAAGACAUGCAAGCGUUCAUCAUGAAGCAUCAGUCUUGCGCAGUAUCCGACAUUGGCUUCCAACCCCAGCUCAUCAACAGAAACGAAGCGCCCGGUGUCUUGGGUGUGUUUACUGGUCAAGGUGCUCAGUGGGCAACUAUGGGGUGUGGACUUUUGUCUUACGUCGCACUGUUCCGUACGAGCAUCACCCGCUGCGAGACAGUACUCAACAGCCUUCCUGAUGCACCCUCGUGGUCGCUUCUCGAUCAGCUCAAGGCUGUAGGUACUGACUCCCGUCUCGCAGAAGCCGCUGUCAGCCAGCCCCUCUGCACUGCCAUCCAAAUUGCGUUGGUGGAUGUGCUCAAAGCUGCUGGUGUUCGGUUCCAUGCCGUGGUCGGUCAUUCGUCUGGUGAAAUUGCUGCUGCUUAUGCAGCAGGCAUUUUGACUCUGCCUGGAGCUAUGCAGAUCGCGUACUACCGUGGCGUACAUGCGCAUCUUGCCAAAGGCCGCCUCGGUGAGGCUGGUGGAAUGAUCGCUUCCGGCCUUUCGUACGAUGAGGCAGUCGAGUUUUGUGCUCGGCCAAAAUUCAAUGGCCGGCUGUCUGUUGCCGCCAGCAAUUCUCCCACGAGUGUCACUCUUUCUGGUGAUUUGGACGCGAUUGAAGAGGCCAAACAAGAAUUGGUUGCUCGUGACAUCUUUGCACGACCUCUGCGGGUGGAUACCGCUUACCAUUCGCACCAUAUGCAACGCUGCUCAGACGCGUAUCUUCAAUCGCUAUCGGCCUGCGAUAUCCAAGUGUCUCGACCAAUCGCAGACUGUGUCUGGAGUUCAAGUGUUCGAGGAGACACAAAGCUUCUGAAAGGUAAGCUCGAGUCAUUGAAGGGGCCCUACUGGAUUCAGAACAUGGAAAAAACUGUCUUCUUCUCGCAAGCACUCGAGUCGGCUCUCACAUCUGGUGGUCCCUUUGAUGUAGCUCUCGAGAUUGGACCGCACCCGGCUCUGAAGGGUCCUGCAGAAGAAACUCUAAAGGCAGCAUUCGGCUCUGCUCCCAUCUACGCUGGAGUGUUGAAGCGUAAUCAUGACGAUGUAGAUGCGCUUUCAGCUGCUCUCGGUUCUUAUUGGUCUGUAUUAGGUGCCAAGUCCGUUGAUUUUGCUGCGUUCCGCGCUGCAUGCAGUGGACAGACUGGGGACAGCGAUCUUGGAAUGCUCACCAAUCUUCCUACUUACUCAUGGGACCACAGCCAGUCCUUCUGGCGCGAAUCGCGAGUCUCCAGACGAUAUCGUCUCGAACAAGACACUCCUUGCGAGCUCCUUGGACGCCGGAUGCCAGACGACAGCACACACGAGUAUCGAUGGAGGAAUUUCCUCACUCUUGAAGAGAUUCCGUGGCUCUCUGGCCACGAAAUCCUCGGUGAAGUCCUCAUGCCCGGUGCAGGCUACAUCUCUAUCGCUCUCGAAGCUGGUAAGAGAAUUGCCGGCGGUCGCGCGAUACAGCUCUUGGAGGCUCAAGAUUUCGAGAUCCACCACCCCGUAGCUAUUCCAGCUCAAUCAGUCAGAGUCGAGACCAUAUUCACUGCCCGGAUUCGAAAUUCUGCCACAUCGAGCCUCAUCGAGGCUGAUUUCGACUACUCUUACUGGCCCAGCUCAACCAACGCCUCUGUCAUUCAGGCUUGUAGUGGGCGUAUCAAGGUAUAUCUAGGAGAAGCAUUAACAGAUGGGCUGCCACCGCGAUGCCCCGUACCUGAAGAUCUCCUUGACGUGUCUGUGGAUCAAGCUUAUGAUGUCCUCCAAAGCAUAGGCUUGAAUUACCAGGGCAUCUUCAGGGGUAUGACUGACAUCAAGCGCAUGUCUGACCAUGCUGUGGUCGGAGCGGAGUGGGACACAUCGAGCCUUGGUCACAACUACCUCGUCCAUCCAGCUUUGCUAGAUGUGGUUUUCCAGACAUCCUUCAUCGCAAAGUCGUAUCCAGCCAAUGGCUUGGUACGAUCAGCCAUGCUCCCGGUCAAGAUAGACCGUGUUGCGAUCAAUCCUUGCGUAUCCAUUGAAGCUAGAGACAGAACGGCUGUCCAGGUCGACUCGUUCAUCACGCACAAAUCUCCCACAUCUAUCUCGAGCGACAUGCAUGUAUACAGCCGCACGAAUGAGACUUUCUUAGAGGUAGAAGGCUUGGAAUUGAAAAUCGCUGCCGAGCCUGAAGAGUCUGACGAUGUAGAGAUCUUCUGCGAGACUGUCUGGACGCCGGAUACAUCAGUGCAGUUGGUCGAGCCGUCGCGAGAUACCGAUCACGAUUCAGAGCAGAUGGUAUUGGCCGAGACCAUUGAAAGAGUAUCUUUAUUCUACCUGAGGAAGGUCUUGGAAGAGCUCAACGCUUGGCUUCAAGACACGCUAGAAUUGGUUCACUCUAUGCUUGCAAAUCAGCCCGAACAGGUGGAUUUGCAGCUUGUGAAGGCUAUUGGUGAGAAUCUGAGCAAGGUUGUCACUGGUGAGGCACAGCUACUUGAAGUGAUGCUGACAGACAACAUGCUGAGUCGACUCUAUGUCGACGGCUGCGGAUUCGUCGUGAUCAACAAAGAGAUCGAAACUCUUUUGCACAAGAUCACACAGAAAUUCCCUCGUGCGCAUUUCCUGGAAGUAGGAGCAGGCACCGGUGGCACCACAAAAGGAAUCUUGAACGCUAUUGGCAACUCGUACGACUCUUAUACCUUCACGGAUAUUUCCACCGGAUUCUUCGAGAAAGCAAGUGAAAGGCUUGAAGCCCACGAUAAGCGUAUUUCCUUCAAAGCUCUUGAUAUCGAAAAAUCAGUUGUAGACCAAGGAUUUGAGCAGGAAGCUUACGAUGUCAUCAUCGCCGUCAAUGUGCUUCAUGCUACUCAUGACUUGCAAAACACUAUGCGUCAUGUCCGAAGUUUGCUCAAGCCUGGUGGUUACUUGAUCUUGGGCGAGAUUACGAACACUGACGUACUCCGUUAUGGAUUCAUCAUGGGUGGACUGCCAGGCUGGUGGCUGGGAGGCGGGGAGGGUCGUCGCUUCCACCCCUGCAUCUCUGUGGUGGAGUGGGACCAACUUCUGCAAGAAACUGGGUUUUCUGGCGCAGAUCUGACAUUCAACGAUCUGGAGGACGACCAGAUCCACUCGAACACCCUUCUGGUCAGCCGAUCUGUAGAUCUUGCGUACGAGCAGAUUCGUGAACCACUGACUGCACUACCGAUGUUGUCAGCAGACACACCUUUGCUCCUGAUUGGUGGUUCAACCUUACCGAUCGCCAAGGUCAGGACUGAAAUACAAAAGAUGUUGCCACCUGCUUGGAAAGCUCGGUGCAAAGUCGUCAACUCCAUCGAUGCGCUCGACGUUUCCUCUCUUGAGCCGGAGACGAAUGUCAUUUGCAUGCAAGAGUUGGACUGUCCAUUAUUCUCCAGACCAAUGACUGCGGCCUGUUGGAGUAAUCUACAGAUUCUAUUACUCAAUUCAAAGCGGGUAGUCUGGCUCACCAGAAAUCGCCGCACCAGUAGUCCUGAGUCUGGCAUGUUUGUUGGCAUUGCUCGUGCCCUUGAACAGGAGCUGCCUCAUCUUACAAUUCAGAUGCUCGACUUAGAAGACAGGGACGUACCGAGUGUGAUAGCACGACACACGAUGGAGAUGUUCGUCAGACUCACGCUCACCUCCGACCAAGCAGCGGUCGAUGGGGAUAAGCUUCUCUGGACACUCGAGCGCGAAACAGUCAUCUCGAAUGGCCAAACGCUUGUUCCUCGCAUUCUUCCUGUGAAGUCCAUGAACAAGCGCUUCAAUGCUUCGAGGAGAGAAACGGUGCAGUCGCAAGUCAGUCUUACACACAAAGUCGUGGAGUUGAGGUCAGGCAGACGUGGUUUCAUGCUCGUUGAAGUACCCGUCGUGGCUUCGCACCCGGAAGACCAGGACAUCAAGGUUAAGAUCAAGAUCAACCAUGCUCUUCCUUGUGACCUUUCUCCUGGCACAGAAAUCUUCUUGUGUACUGGAGUGGCGGAAGCAUCUGGAAAGCACGUCGUCAUACUUUCCCGAUCCAACCAAUCCCACAUCUACCUGUCACAGAACGAGGUGGUCUAUGUCGAUCCAAAGAUGGAUAUUCCAGAAUUUCUCCUCACCACUAGAGCUUCCCUGAUCGCUUAUGCAUUGGCAAAGGUUGUCGGAAACCAUGACAAGCUGCUGGUCCAUGGUACAGAUGAAGUAACGGCGCGAGUCUUCCAGCAAGUAUGGAAAGACAGAAUCUUGUUCUCUACGUCGCAAGUUGAGGCGCCCGAGAACUGGAUCCGUAUCCAUAGUCGUUCAUCGGUUCGGUUCAUUCGCAAUGACCUUCCUGGAGAAAUUCAUCUGCUGUUGGACUGCUCUGAUGUAGGAGCGGUAAUGGCAAAUUUGGGCAAGUCCGUUCCUUCCACGUGCCGGAGAUACACCCAGAAGGAGCUGUGGCAGCAGGCUCGUGAGACACUGAGUCUAGAAGACUGGCUUGUCACAGCUAUCAGAUCUACCCAACAGGUAUUGGCUGAGCAUAGAGAAUCAGAAUCGAUGACGCCAAAGCCCACACUUCUCAGGGCUGCAGACCUCUCCGGAGCCGACGCCAAGACAAUGACUUUGAACACGCUCACAGACUGGACCACAGAUGCUUCUGUUGCGAUGACUGUUCGUCCCUUGGAAGCUAAGCAUCUAUUCCGCUCGGACCGAACUUAUCUCAUGAUUGGCCUGACUGGAGCCAUGGGCAUCACCCUCUGUCAAUGGGCGAUAGAGAAUGGGGCGCGCACAAUCGUACUUACUAGUAGAAGCCCCAAGACUGAUCAGGUCUGGCUUGCCAAAACACGUCGCCUUGGUGCGGACGUUCGAAUCAUGGCCAUGGAUAUAUCCGAAAGAGCUUCCGUUGAAAGUGUGAUUAAGCAAAUCCAGCAUGAGUUGCCACCACUCGCUGGCGUGUGCAAUGGUGCCAUGGUACUUCGCGACAAGUCAUUCCUCGAUAUGGACGUCGAAGAUCUGAAUCUUGUUCUGCAGCCCAAGGUCAAGGGCAGUCAGAACUUGGAUGAAGUCCUCGGAAACAUAGAUCUCGACUUCUUCAUCUUCCUUUCUUCUUGUGCGGCAGCCAUUGGCAAUCCUGGGCAGGCUAACUACCAUGCGGCCAAUCUUUUCAUGGCAGGUCUGGCGGCUCAGAGACGUCAAAGGGGUCUUACCGCUUCCGUGAUCCAUCUUGGCUACAUUGCGGAUGUGGGAUAUGUUACCAGACAAGCUCAAAGUAUGCGAGAGCGUCUGGAAAGAUUGCUCUUCCAGCCAUUGUCCGCAUCAGACAUCCACAACGCAUUUGCCGAAGCCAUUGUCGCUGGUCGACCGGAUCAAGAAGGUUCCUCAUUUGACAUUAUUAUGGGUAUGGGUCCGUCGAAACAACGCAUUCCUCAGGAGAGACAGCCUUACUACUUUUCGAACCCUCGCUUUGCUCACUUCAAUCCCCCUACUAUCGAGGUUGUAGAGCGAGCCAGUCAACAAGAAAGCGGGAGAAAUGUCAAGCAGCAAAUCAGCGAAGCUACCUCCGAGGACGAGGCCGUCGAGUGCGUGUUCCAAGCAUUCCGUGGCAAACUGGCUUCCAUCAUGCAACUUUCCCUGGAUGGCAUCACAGUAGAGCAGCCUUUGAUGGAUGUUGGUAUCGAUUCGCUCGUAGCGGUCGAGAUCAGAAACUGGUUCACGAAGGAGCUUGGUGCGACCAAGAAGUUCCUGGCGGCAAACCUGCAGGCGGAACAGGCGGCUAAAGACACAGUCACACAGAGCCAAGAGGUGACUCCGGCUGUUCCUACCACUGCAACUCCAGCGAUGAGCAGCGGCGCUAGCAGUGGAACCAUCGAAGCCGAGGAAUCUGCUCCUACCAGUCCUGGUCUUGCCACGCCAGCAUCUACGAAUGACCAAGCCAAGGAAGGUAAUCUAUGCCUGCCUGGAAGAACCUCGCUCACGCUUCAGGCUUCGAGGAUGGCCAAUGAAUCGAAAGUCUCGAGUAUAACUCGUGAAUCACUCGUCUCUAAAGCACAAACCAGGGUCUGGUUUCUGUCGAACAAUACCGAAGACUCUUCAGUAUGCAACUUGACUUUCCUGUAUGAAGUUGACGGAGCACUACAAGUCCCUCGCUUGGAGUACGCAUUGAAGACAGUGAUGCAACGUCACGAUGCUCUGCGAAGCUGCUUCUACAUGCGUCCUGGAGACAAUCAACUGCUUCAAGGAGUCGUGUCUGCACCAAGACAUAUCUUCCAACACAUCAGGAAUGCAGACCCAAGCACGGUGUCUGAGGUUGCCGAAGAGUAUAAAAGUCACAGCUGGAACCUGGCAGAAGGUCCUGUUUUCGGCAUGACCGUCGUCUCCCAGAGUCUGAGGAAGCACACCAUCGUUUUAGGGUACCACCACAUCAUCAUGGAUGCCUUCAGUCUCCAUCUUUUCCUGAAAGACCUUAACACGGCUUAUGGACUGCGUGCGCUGCAACCGAGCCCAACAAGUUACCUGGACUAUGUCGAUCACGAGCAACAACUUGCAGAGAGUAGUUCCGAUGAUGGCGAGAUGGCUGAAAUGCUCAAGUUCUGGGGUAAGCAAUUCGAAACGAACCCAACAACUCUACCACCUCUCCCGAUGGCUCGAGUCUUGAGGCGGCCUGCAAGUAUCCAGAACAAGAGUGUCUAUGUCUCUGAACGUCUGGACAAGACACAGUGGGCUACCAUUGUCAAAGCCAGUCGAAGUUUGGGAGUGACGCCUUUCAAUUUCCACUUGACUGUUCUCCAGAUCAUGCUUGCUCGCUUUGCAGAUGUCGAAGAUCUCUGUAUUGGUGUCGCGGAUGCAAAUCGUAACGACGAACGCUAUGGCGAGACCAUUGGAUUCUUCAUGAAUCUGCUGCCGAUCCGUCUCCGCGUCUCGAUGAAGGAGUCUUUUGGCCAGCUCGCCCGCAACACAUCGCGCGCGACCCUCGAUGGCUUGCGUAAUUCUCGUGUGGCGUUCGAUCGCAUUCUUGAUGUUUCGAAGGCACCGCGAUCAGCGGCGCAUACGCCGCUUUUCCAAGCUUCAAUCAAUUACCGGAUGGGAGCAAUUAGCGAGGUCCCGUUAGGCGACUGCAAACUGAGCAUGAUUGAUGGCCAGGAUGCUACAAAUCCCUUCGAUAUAAGUCUGGGUGUCUUGGAGUCUCAUCAGGGCUCAACGCUGCUUGAGAUGAUUUGCAACUCUGAUCUCUAUGACUUCGAGGGUGCGUCAGUACUCAUGCAGACUUUUAUGCGUCUCCUUCUGGCAUAUGCCAAAGAUCCCCUUGUAUCCGUAGAUGGACCUCCGCUGUACGAUCCAGUCGAAGCAGAACGCUCGAUUGAGAUUGGUAUGGGACCCCGCAUGAACUCUUCUGGAUGGCAAACUACGGUACACGAUCGUUUUGCCUCAGUGACCGAAGCAUACAAGGACGAUACCGCUAUUGUAUACAUGGACAUGAUGCUCACAUACACCCAGUUAAAUGCUCGCGCACGCUCCAUUGCCAAACGCCUUCGUGAAGAUGGGUGUGUAUCCGGAUCCCGCGUUGGAAUCCUGUGUGAGCCAUCUCCCGCCUUUGUGGCGUCCAUGCUUGCAGUCCUGCAAAUUGGUGCUGUAUACCUUCCACUAGACGUCAGUCUAUCCGCUGGUCGGCAUGCAUCAAUCAUACGUGUUGCACAGCCAAGCGUCAUAAUCUGCAGUAACUCAGUUUCUGGCUACGUACAAGACGUCAUAGAGUCGAACACUGACUUGACCGUCACACCUCGAUUGAUCAUAGCAGAAUCCGUUCCUGAGAUAUGCGAUGACGAGCAACCAGACCAUACAUCAGGUUAUUCAAGCCAAGAUUCCCCUGCGGCUUUGUUGUUCACGAGUGGCUCAACAGGGCGACCCAAAGGUAUCUUCCUUACGCAAACAAAUCUUCUUAACCAUAUCGCCGUCAAGACAGACGUCCUUAGUCUGGGCCGGGAGACGAUUCUGCAGCAGAGCUCUUUCGGAUUUGAUAUGUCAAUGAUUCAGACCCUGACUGCUCUACUCAAUGGUGGCAAGCUGGUCAUCGUCCCCUCAGAGUCCCGAAGAGAUCCUAUUGAGAUUAUGAAGAUCAUGCGCAAUAACGAAGUCACCUUGACCAUAGCAACUCCUUCAGAGUACAAGAUGUGGCUCCGUUACGGCGUAGAAGAGAACUCGAAGCACGGACAACUAGCUCUCUGGCGUCAUGCUUGUCUGGGUGGAGAGCCUGUUCCCGACCAACUCAGGCGCGACUUUGAGCUUCUCGAACUUCCCAAUCUUUCCUUGACGAAUUGCUAUGGACCCACGGAGAUCACCGCCGCCGCUACUUUCCAAAACGUCCCGUUAGGCGCAACGCGUGACUCCUAUGACAGUUCCAUGACGGUGGGCAAGGCGCUUCCCAACUACUCCAUUCGUAUUUCGGACGUGUCAGGCAAUCCACUACCCAUUGGAGUGCUUGGUGAGAUCUGCAUCGGAGGCGCCGGCGUGGCUCUCGGCUAUUGCGAUCUUCCAGAGCAGACUGCCGAAAAUUUCAUACGUGAUAGCUCGGACCCCAAGGAUUGGCCAUUUACAUGGAUGUAUCGCACCGGAGACCAAGGUCGACUUCUGCGUGAUGGCACGCUACUCCUCAUGGGACGCAUGGAUGGCGAUACGCAAGUGAAGGUCAGAGGAGUCAGAAUGGAGCUGCAGGAGAUCGAAGACACAAUCCUCGCUGGCUCGCAGCAGAAACUCUCUGCUGUCAUUGUCACCGUACAGACUGAUCGCCUGUUAGCAUAUGCAACCUUGGCCACUGGAGUUGAGUUGAACGAAAAGGACCGUCAGCAACUGUUGAUAUCUAGUUGUUUGCCGCUGCCCGAUUACAUGUGGCCGGCGAAGUUGACCAUCCUGGAGGUGCUACCUUUGACACCCACAGGAAAGUUUGACAGAAGAGCCGUCGAAGCACUGACAGCCCUGGAUACGACUUUCUCAGAAGCUGACGACACUUCUUGUGGCGACGAAGCUCGUCUCACCUUGUUGCAAGGAGAGCUUCGACUUUUGUGGGAACGUGUUCUGGACGGACCCAAUCGAGCGAUUGUGCCUGAAGCCGACUUUUUCCAUAUCGGUGGAAACUCGAUGUCAUUGAUGCGACUACAGGGGGCAAUCAAAGAGUCCAUGGGCUUAUCCGUAUCGACAAGAGUCUUGUACCAAGCGAGCAACCUCCGACAGAUGGCUGCUGCCAUUGAGCUCCAGAAGAAUCAGCGACAGAAAGAUGAGGUGGAUCAAUUGAUCAACUGGAACAAAGAGACAGAGAUUCCUCUUGUUGUUCAAGAGGCAGCAACUCACAUACAAGUGUCAUGCGCACCAACCAUUCGUGCGUCUAAGAAGAUCGAGAUCCUUCUCACAGGUGCAACGAGUUUCCUUGGCGGAGCCAUCCUCAAGGCUCUUACAAGUUCACUCGGCUCAAACGUGAGCAAAAUACAUUGCAUCGCAGUCUUGCCAGAUGAGAAGAAGGUCGUUUCGGCCUCGGACUCUGUCAUCUACUACUCAGGCAGUCUCUUUUCUAAGCGGCUUGGACUGAGCUCCAGCGAGUUCGAACACCUGGAAUCUGUCACUGAUCUGAUCAUCCACGCCGGCGCCACUGGUCAUUGUCUCAAUGCCUACCAAUCUCUUCGCACACCGAACCUGCAGUCGACUCAUCUCCUGGCAGCUUUGGCUCUUCCUCGAUCGAUACCUGUUCUGUAUGUCUCGUCAAAUCGCGUCGGUCUGCUCUCUGGCAAGACGGCAUAUCCGCCUCUGUCCCUGUCGGCGUAUGAGCCACCAAAAGAUGGAAGCGAAGGCUACACGGCCACCAAAUGGGCCAGUGAAGUGAUACUGGAGAAGAUUGCAGAGAAGUUCUCGUUGCCUGUUCAGAUCAGCAGAUCUUGCGUCGUCGUCGGCACUGAAGCACCAAACUCCGAUGCGCUGAAUGCAAUCCUUCGCUACUCACUUCUCAUACAGACGGUUCCGUCCUUUGGCAACGUCGAAGGUUUCUUUGACUUCAAGGAUGUGCACGAGGUUGCACACGAAAUUGUCGAAGAUGCGCUCGCUCUGCGACCAGUCAAAGGCGAAACUUGUUCGGUACGUUUCCGCCACCAUUCCAGCGGUAUCCGGGUGUCCAUGGCACAACUUCGAGAACAUAUGGAGGGUAUGCAUAAGCUGCCAUUCGAGCAAGUUCAUUUGGCGGAAUGGAUAGACAAGGCGCUGCAGGCUGGUAUUGAUCCUCUGAUUACUGCGUAUCUGGAAGCGAUGGUGGAGAAAGGAGAGGUCUUGCGAUUCCCGUUCUUGGGCGAGCAGGCAUGA